AAUGGCAUUUCUCCUUUUUGCGCGUGCAGAGCCUAUACUCCUUUCGCGUGACGCUUCCCUGCGCGACAAUCAAUACAAGAACGAUAUCCAGAGCGCAUGAUCAAGACGGUAUAGCACUAUAGAAUGAGAACGGUUUCAGUCUUGGCCGCCGCGCUGGCGGCGGUCUCGUCAGUCGUGGCUAGUCAGGACGCAGCAAAGCCAAAAUACUACUUCCCACGCCAUGUGAAGCGGCAAUUCGUCAACGCGACAAUAUCGUUGCCCGAGAGCCUCUUACCGAGUUCGUCCACUGAGACGACCACACUGGAGACCAGCUCGAACUCGGCUUCGUCCAGCGACUCGAGGGUGACGACAAUCAUCAUUUCAAGUACAAUUGUUGUUUCGCCACCACUACCAACGUCGUCGAGUACGAACUCGGGGUCAUCUUCAGCAACCGAUCCAUCGUCUAGCAGCGAUUUCUUAGGAGGCAUUGUUUCUCCGAGCGAUAGCUCAUCGAGCAGCGCCUCGUCGAGCGCCAUCUCGUCUCGCAGCAGCGCUUCGUCAAGUGCCAGCCCGUCAGCCAGUUCCCCUGCUGGCGAUAGCACAUCUGCCACUCCCUCGUCGACCGGCACUUCGUCUGACACCAGCUCUGCGAGCGAGAGCUCCGCUGCCGGUGCUUCUUCGACCGAGGCGCUACCUAGCAGCACCACCUCGCCUGCUCAAAGCUCGUCUGCUCAGAGCUCGUCUGCUCAAAGUUCCUCGACCAAAAGCUCCUCGUCCCAGAGCUCCGUCCCAACUAGCGAUGCCUCGACCAGUGCGGCCGAGGUGCCUUCGUCCACCCUGGUGCUCCCUCCCGCGAGCACCAGCAGCUCGGCUGGUGAGGCCACGACAACCAGCGAGCCCGGCGUGCCUUCGUCGAGCCAGGUGCUCCCACCGCCUGUCACCAACAGCACCAGCAGCUCGGCCAAUGAAGCCACGACAACUAGCGCGCCCGAGUUGCCUUCGUCAACCCAGGUGCUCCCGCCUUCGGACAGCAGCAGCAGCAGCAGCGCCGCUGUUGGACCCACGACAACUAGCGAGCCCGAGUUGCCUUCAUCGAGCCAGGUGCUCCCGCCCCCUAUCACCAACAGCACCAGCAGCUCUACUGAGGGAUUCUCGAGCAAGGACGUCUCAACAUCUCAGCAGGAGUCUCUCGUCCCGACGACUACCUCAUCCGAAAUCCUCUUAGCCCCUACUGGCAUUGUUACUACGAGUUCAUCAAGCACAAGCGAGCCAGGCAACGUUCUCAGCUCCAUCUUGAGCGAUAUCAACUCGGUCAUCACGAGCGUGUUUGAUCCUACUCCGAACUCGACCGUCUCUCUCCCCACGACCUUCAUUACUGGACCGGGGACUGGUAUUACGACAAGUGAGACUCCGACGGAGACUGUGCCGCCAACGACAGAGACUUCGACAGAGAGUGUGCCGACAUCGACGGAACCUCCCACCACAACUCCCACCAGUGAACCGCCGCUACCUCCGGUUACUAACUCGACUGUUUCGGCCACUGAAACCAGCAGCAGCACUGAUGUCCCGUCCGGGCCUCCCACCACGACGACACUUCCUCCUGGAUCUGGAAACAACACAACGACAACGAUCUCCACGGAGCCACCAGUGAUCACGUCGUCCAGUAUCUCGACGAACAGCUCAACCAUUCCGACCGGUAGCAGCAACAGUACCGUGCUGCCUGAGACAUCAUCGGCCGCCCCGACCCCUACCACCACCGUGAUUCCUACUACCAUUACUAGUGCCACGCCCACCAGCACCUCGACCAGUGUUUCUGUUGCGACCCCAACCUCUGAGCCGGGGGUCACAAGUAUUCCCCCUCUGAGUACCGUUACUAUGUCGGAGCCGUGGCUUCCCACGACCAUCAUCGUGGACACGAGCUCGGCCUCUGCCUCCGGCGCGGUGCCGACGACAGCCAGUGGCAUUCCGUCGUCCUUGCCGCAGGCGAUCCAGCCCAAUGACGGAACGGACGGCAUGCCUGAGGACACGAUGCUCAUCCAGAUCGGAUUCCUCGAAGGAUACAAAUAUUCGUUCGUUGUAGACAACGACAGGGCUGCGGCUCAGAUCUUCAAUCUGCUGCCCAAGGCUUUGAGCGACGCUGGCGGGUUUGAUAUCAGGAAAGCCGAGGUCAAGCGGCUUGUUCCCCUAGAUACGAUGAGCUCGCUGGGCUACAUUACGACCUGUGCGCAGGUCACGUAUCCGAUCAGCAUGGUGUCUACCUUGUCAACCGAUAUCGGGCUGCCGAACUCCAAACUGUACAGGAACCCGGACCUGCUCAUCUACAACCUCACGCAGCAGAUCAACCCGGCGAUUCCCAUCACUAUCGGUGCGUUUCCCGACGGGCUUGGCGGCGGCAAUGCUGGUGGUAGCAGUGGUGGUGGCAGCGGCUCUGGCGGUGGCAGCAACAGUGACCCGUUCAGCGGCGGUGGCGACAACGGUUCCGGCGGCUCGAGCAGCGCGAAGGGCACUACUGCCGGUAUUGUCAGCGGCGCGGUCGCGGUGGCGGCCGCAUACGGUGUGGUCAUGUUUGUCGUUGCGCGGCGGUACAAGCGCAAGAAGCAGGCUCACCGGCGGGCCAGCUCCAUCAGCAACCCGUCCGAAAUGAGCGAGGCCGGCCGCGGGAGCCCGGCUCUCAUGGGUGGCGCCCUGCUGAGCCGCGAUUUCACCAGCAGCGGCUACGGGCCGAGCUACGGGGCCAGCUACGGGGCCACGCAGCCUGGUGGACGGGACAGCCACGGCAGCGGCAGGAGCGGCAUGGGCAACUCGGGGCGGACGCAGUUCAUCUCGGCUCCCGUCGCGGCGGAGAACUCGCUCGGCUGGAACUGAUCCGCCCAACUAGUUCAAGUUCUUCCGUGCCUCUCCUCUGAUGACCCAAACUGAACCUCGAUCUACCAUGGCGCCGUCUU